AUGCACCAGCAAGGAACUCUAGCUAAGCUGAGUUGGAAAAUCCUAAAUAAUCCAACAAGUCUUCUAGCAAGAGUUCUACUGGGUAAAUACUGUAAGGAUCAGCCUAUCCUAGACGUACCUCUAUCAUCGUCGGCUUCUCACGGAUGGAGAGGAGUCCUUAUCGGCAGAGAUCUGCUUGUUGAACAGCUGGGAAAGUCUAUUGGGAACGGCCAAAACACCUUAGUUUGGAAUGACUCGUGGUUAUCUCUCACCUCCCCCCCUCAAACCGAUAGGCCCACCAAACCUGCAGGACCAAAAGCUUUUGGUAUCAGACCUUCUAGAAGCAUGCCCCCAAGGUGGAAUAAAGGUAAAGUGGAAGAAUUGCUACCUCAGUACGCAGCAGACAUCCUCUGUAUGCGACCAAGUACUAAAGGAGCACAAGAUAGCUUUGUGUGGCUCCCCUCCAAAACCGGUGAGUAUACGGCCAAAACGGGUUACCAUGUAGCUAGAGCCAGGGAGUUUCAACCGGAAGAUCACAACCACCCACAGCUAAACUGGAUCAAAGAUGUUUGGUCAGGCAAGUUCUCAUCCAAGCUUAAAGUGUUCAUCUGGAAAAUAAUUCAAAUGGCGUUACCUCUAGGCGAGAAUCUAUUGAGUCGAGGCCUAUGGGAUAACGCCUGCUGCACCCACUGUGGGGAUUUAGAGACUGCUGAACACCUCUUCUUCCUCUGCCCUUUUGCUCGGAAAACUUGGGACCUAGCUCCCACCACCGUAGCACUAGAAAUCUCAACCACCCUGGACUUCACAAGCAUCUUUAUCCAGUCAAAAGUCCAAUUCUGUCUGCCACCAACUGGAAUCAACGCCGGACCUCUCUUCCCGUGGGUCUGUUGGGCUAUCUUGUCUACUCGGAACCACAAAAUCUUUGAAGAUAGGAGUUUCUCCCCAGAAGAGACGAUUCUCAAGGCCAUAACGGAUGCAAAAGAAUGGCAAUUUGCCCAAACUCUAGAGAACCCUGGAAAAGGUAAAGGAAAGACGUUUAAACCGUAUGAAAUGUCGAGGGAACAGAUAGUUGUCUUCACAGACGGAGCUUGGAACCCGGAAUCUAAAAUCGCGGGAGCAUGA